UUCAAUGGAGAAGAGUAAUGGCCUACGCGUGGUUUUGUUCCCACUUCCUAUACAAGGCUGCAUUAACCCUAUGUUUCAGCUCGCCAAGAUCCUCCACUCAAGAGGUUUCUCCAUCACUGUCAUCCACACGCGCUUCAACGCGCCAAAAGCUUCAAACCACCAUCUCUACACCUUCUCAGAGAUCCCAGACGGCUUGUCCGAAGCAGAGGCAAGCACUCAAGAUGUCACACUUCUCCUGACGCUUCUCAACCGAAGCUGUGAGGCUCCGUUUCGUGACUGUUUGACUAAGCUUUUGAGAUCCUCAGAGGAAGAGAAACAGAGGAUUAGCUGUUUGAUCGAUGAUGCUGGAUGGAUCUUCACACAACCCCUUGCUCAGAGUCUGAAUCUCCCGAGAUUGGUCACUAAUACCUAUAAAGUAUCCUUCUUUGUAGGUCAUUUUGUUAUUCCUAAACUCCGCCGUGAAAGAUACCUUCCACUGCAAGAACAAGAUGAACCAGCAGAGGAGUUUCCGCCGCUUAAGAAGAAGGAUCUCUUACAAAUCCUCGAUGGAGAAACAGAGGUUCUAAACUCGUACUCUGAUAUGAUCUUGCAAACGACAAAGGCAUCUUCAGGUCUUAUUUUCGUGUCAUCAUGUGAAGAGUUGGAUCAAGAAUCACUCAGCCAAGCACGUAAAGACUACCAAAUCCCGAUCUUUGCGAUAGGACCAUCUCAUAUCUACUUCCCGGGCUCUUCUAGUAGUUUGUUCACAGUUGAUGAGACUUGUAUUCAGUGGUUAGACAAACAAGAAGACAACUCCGUGAUCUACGUGAGUUUUGGAAGCGUUGUGAACAUCAGUGAAUCAGAGUUGUUGGAGAUUGCUUGGGGCCUAAGAAAGAGCGACCAACCCUUCUUGUGGGUGGUACGGGUUGGUAUGGUCAAUGGCACUAAGUGGAUCGAGGCUAUACCGGAAAAGCUCAUGGAUAGGCUUGAGGAGAAGGGGAAGAUAGUGAAAUGGGCACCGCAACAAGACGUUCUAAAGCAUCGCGCUACUGGUGGAUUCUUGACACAUAAUGGUUGGAACUCGACGGUUGAGAGUGUAUGUGAAGGCGUCCCUAUGAUUUGUGUGCCUUCUGUAUGGGACCAGUUGCUUAAUGCAAGGUUUGUUAGUGAUGUGUGGAUGGUGGGGCUUCAUCUAGAGGGUAGGAUCGAGAGAAAUAAGAUCGAGAGAGUGGUGAGGAAACUAUUGUUGGAACCUGAUGGUGAAGUGAUCCGAGAGAGGAUGAAACUUCUUGCUGAGAAAGUAGGAAGAUCGGUUAAACAAAACGGUUCGGCUUAUCGAUCUUUGGAACGUUUGGUUGAUCAUAUAUCAUCUUUCUAG